AAGGGAUAAAUUUGUUGAGCUGCUACAAAGCAUGAACUGCGCCAUUACUAGAGGAGAACUAUCGUGUGCUAAAUCCAGCAGGAUGCCGCAUUAUGUCUUAGAGACUUGGAUUAACGAUAAUGCUUCGUCUAGGAUUCAGUUAUGCCAAAUGGCGGUUACACUGAGGCGUAUGAUGGCAGCUAUUUCAUUGGCAGAAAAACAAUGUGCCAAUAGAAAUAAUAUUGUCAAUAUUGUGGAGAUAGCUGUAAAACAAAAUCAAACUCUGAACACCACAAUUGACACUGAAAUGUUUUCAGAGUCUUUCGAUGGUGCACCAAUGAGUAUUCCUAGUUAUCAUAUAGAUAAAUUUUAUUUGGAAGAAGCAUCAGCAUCAGCAUUAUACCCCAAAACAUUGGCGAUGUGUUCAUGUGAUAAUCAUCUUGCUGUGAUACACGAAGAAGUGGUAGUAAUAUUGCAAUACAUUCACGAAAUGAGAGAACUUGACGGUGCAAUUUUGGUAUUUUUACCUGACUGGUUGGAUUUAGUAAAGGUGCAGAAUCUUUUGUACCCAAGUGACAAUGUGGUUGUUCAUUUGGUGUCUUCUCAAUCCUUGAACGAUUCUGAGCUACACGAUAUUCAUUCGAAACCACCACCAGGGAAAAGGAAGAUUAUUUUGGCUACUGACAUUGCACAAUCUUUCAUAUCCAUUGAUGACCUUGUGUAUGUUGUGGAUACAGGAAUGCGGAAAUGUGAAUUUUUUGAUAUUGAGCAAGGAAUAAACGUCUUUGACCUGGAAUGGAUCUCUAGGGCAAAUGCCAAUCAACGAGUUGGACUUACUGGGUCUUUGGGAGAAUCCUACCAUUUCUCCUUAUACACAGAGGAAAGAUAUCGGAUGUUUGUAGAUUAGCAUGCAGCAAAUCUAUCAAAUUUCGGAAUGAAAAACAGGGAUUACCUUGCCACAUUCGCUGGUGAUAAAUUUAACCAAAAAUUUAUUGAUCAAAUACCAAAUUUUCAUCAUCACAAAUAUAAAAUCCAUCGAAGAUUUUAUUUGUUAAUUAAGUAGAAAGUUUUUUUUUUUUUUAAUUAAAUUUUUAUUUUUUGUUUUCUAUGUCUUAAUGAUUAGGCAACUGAUUAUUUUUUUGACGAUUGCGGAAUGUUUGAAUCAAUUAUACCAAAAAAUAUAAUAACUGAUUUAUAUUACUUUAGGUGUAUACAGAUACAG